UAAUUUAGUGAGAGAAAUCUCAGAUCUCUAUCUCUACUUGAUUUGUUUCCUCCAUCUCUCUUUCUCCCUCUCUUCCCUCUCUGCGGACAACUCAUUGUACUGUCUUUCUUCUUCGAGAAUAUGAGGAACUAGCGAUACGUCACCUAGGGCUUUUGUCUCUGUCUUCUAGUUUUACAUUCUCUAGAUACGUACAAGGAGCGAGCGGGAGAGGGAGAUGGGUCAAGAAGGUUUUACCGCUAUCAAGAGAGGCGGAGCAGGUGGCGGUUCGAUCCCCACCACCAAUAGGCUCUCCGGGGGUCGUGCAUUUCCCGGCAUCCCUCGCGGCCGCCAGAUCCACAAGACCUUCAACAACCUCAAGAUAACAAUUCUCUGUGGCUUCGUCACUAUUCUCGUCCUCCGUGGCACCAUCGGCGUAGGCAACCUCGGCGGCUCUGACGCCGAAGCCGAGAACCAGAACCUCAUCGAAGAAACCAACCGCAUCCUCGCUGAGAUCCGAUCUGACGGUGACCCUUCCGACCCUGAUGAUACUGCCGAGGUCGAGAUUAAUCCGAACGUCACUUACACACUUGGCCCCAAGAUCUCAAAUUGGGACGAAGAGCGAAAGGCCUGGCUAGACCGCAAUCCCGAAUUCCCCAACUACAUCAAUGGAAAAGCUCGAAUCUUGCUCGUUACUGGGUCUCCACCGAAUCCGUGUGACAACCCGAUUGGAGAUCAUUACCUUCUCAAGGCUAUCAAGAACAAGAUUGAUUACUGUCGAAUUCACGGCAUAGAGAUUGUUUAUAAUUUGGCACAUCUUGAUAAGGAGCUCGCCGGGUACUGGGCAAAGCUACCGUUGAUACGGCGGCUUAUGCUGUCGCAUCCGGAGGUGGAAUGGAUCUGGUGGAUGGACAGUGAUGCGUUGUUCACCGACAUGGUGUUUGAGAUUCCUCUUUCCAAGUAUAAUGACUAUAACUUCGUUGUUCAUGGGUACCCAGAUUUGAUGUUUGAGCAGAAAUCCUGGAUUGCUUUGAACACCGGUAGCUUUCUGUUCAGGAAUUGCCAGUGGUCUUUGGAUUUGCUUGAUGAUUGGGCUCCCAUGGGUCCGAAGGGUCCGAUUCGUGACGAGGCGGGAAAGAUCUUAACUGCAAAUUUGAAGGGGCGGCCAGCAUUCGAGGCUGAUGACCAGUCGGCAUUGAUUUACUUGUUGAUAUCGAAGAAGGAGUGGAUGAAUAAGGUGUUUCUUGAGAAUUCUUACUACCUUCAUGGAUACUGGGCUGGACUGGUAGACCGGUAUGAGGAGAUGAUGGAGAAGUACCAUCCUGGAUUGGGAGAUGAGAGAUGGCCAUUUGUUACCCAUUUUGUGGGUUGUAAGCCUUGUGGGAGCUAUGGGGAUUAUCCCGUGGAGAGGUGCUUGAAAAGCAUGGAGAGAGCGUUUAAUUUUGCAGACAACCAGGUGCUCAAGUUAUAUGGGUUUAGGCACAGAGGCUUGUUGAGUCCCAAGAUCAAGAGAAUCAGGAAUGAGACGGCAACCCCUUUGGAAUUUGUAGAUCAGUUUGAUAUAAGGCGUUCAGUUGUUGGAGGAACUGAUUCAAAGAGCCCGUGAGUAAUGCAGGCUUCCUCCUUUUUCAUAAUCCAAAUGUAAUGUAAUUCUUAGUUAAUGCAGGCUUCAAAUAUAGUGUUAGUGGGUUUUUGUUUCUGUGACAUUGCUUUUGAGAAAACAAAAGUAGAUUCUUUUAUUUUUUUUCUUGCCCAUUUUAUUCGGAUUACCCAACAAGGAAGAAGGAACACUGUUUUAUAAA